AUGGUGUACGUGAUCUCCCCAGCCUGCAGCUACUUGCUGGUAGCGCUCGUCGUGCUCGUCGUGCAUGCCGCCAGUCCACCUGGUGGUGCCUUUGAGUGUCCAUGUAUCAGCAACACAUCGUCAUCAUGGGCUGUGAUCCGCGCAGAGCUCCUGACACAUGCUGGAUAUGGCUCAGACUAUGGAUUGCAGGGAUGCCAGGAGUACGACAGAGAUCUCGUGCAAUCUGGGUGCUCGCAGAACGAGGCCGACUUCUGUGAGCGCAGCUGGUGCUACGUGGAUGUCGACGCCUGCCGGUACAACGAAACGGCGUGCACAGCUGCAGGUGGUCAGCCGGGAGGGACGGCAUCGCCGUCAUGCCGGACUCGGCCUAUGACAGACAGUAGCUUAUUGUCUACGGCAGUUUACAGCUAUGAAACCUGUGGGUACAGGAACACAUAUGAUUUGGGCCCAAUCAUGGAGCCCAUUGCAGGAAAGGUGAUGAGAUUCGCUGCUGACGACUUCAGCUGGUUCGUUUACACCAAGCCGGAGGUGGAUCCGGAAAACCCAAAUGUCACCAAAGCAGGUGUCGACUAUGACUUUUUCGUUGAGCUGGCCAGCAAUUUCAACCCCCAAGCUACAUUUGAGUUUGUUGAUGGCUUUUCAACGCAAGUUUCCAGGUCGCUGUUCUCAAGCUCUUGGACGGCGUGCGUACACGAUGUUGCUGUCGGCUACAUCGAUGCUUGCGUCGGCCCAUUUUGGAUCACACCUGAGCGGGCGGAGAUGACUCAGUUUCUCUCAAUUUCGGUUGACCUGUUUUACCUCAUCGCACCGAAGCAGGACGAAACGCCCAGCUCACUGGGGGACUUCAUUGCUGCCCCCUUCAGGCCAUUCAUGCCGGAGACUUGGUUGGCCAUCGUGUGCUUUUUGAGCGUCCUCGCCUGCACGCUCUGGGCCAUCGAGGGCUGGGAGACUGGUUGCACUCUUGGUUGGCGAUCGCAGGCCGAGAACGGUUUCGUGAAAGCCUACGAGACUGUUCAGGCCUUUCUCGCUGGAGGUGUUGAGGCAGAGAGCCACAACUUGCCCCGCAAGUUCCUGGUUCUUGGUUUCGCCUUCUUCCUUUUGAUUGUCAGCGAGAGCUACUCAGCCAGCCUGACGUCUAUGUUGGUCGUGAGGAGGGAGGCCUCUGGGAACAUUGAGAACAUUGAGGAUGCCAUCGAGAGGGGCAUGAAGAUCUGUAUUCCUGCCGUGAUCGCACCCACUCUCAAGAGCAUGCACGGCAAUGCGCAGUUUGUUGAGCUGGGCGACUCACGUUCUCCCCCGCGUCACAUCUAUGCUGGGGACUGUGAGGUCGGGAUCAUGGCUCAGAGUGGUAUCGACUUGCUGGAGUCCGGUGCGCUGCACCAGUCAGACUGCGAGAACGUGAGGUCCAACGGGAAGCCCGAGUCAGAGUACCGAUGUGAGACCGACUCAAAAGGAAAGGCGAGGGAUGAUUGCAACUUGCUGAAGGUUGGGGAGGUGCUCACCUCUGUGGGCGUUGGCUAUCCUGUCAACACCAAGGCUGCACAGAGCCUGUCUUGGGCGGUGACCAAAGCUACCAUGGCAGGAAAGUACAGCGACGCGAUGCGCAGUCAUCAGUCCAUGAAACCCAGAAGCCAAUGCCUAGCAGCUGCUGAGAUCUCCGUGGAGGAGGAUGGUCUUCCCGUUGAGUCCAUGGUAGGUGUUAUCAUCAUCAGUAGUAUGUGUCUCGGCGUCUCUGUCGUAAUUUUGAUUGGCCGCAUGCUCUGUCAGCGUAGAGACCCCCAGAGCAAGCCAGAAGGGGAAGAUGCCGAAGCUGCCGAUGCCGACGCUGCAUAG